GAUCAGUAGCACACGGCUGUACUGAAACCGGCAGCUGAGAAGCACUCGCGCAGCAACCGCGACCGCGAGAGCUUUGAUCUCUCGUCGCUCCGCUCCGGAACGCUCAAACGCGCGCGCGGCCGGCCGAUCACAUUUCGAAGUUUUCCCCGAGUGCUCCGAAUGUAAUCAGUAUGCUUAAAGGUUUCGACGAGAGCUGUUUCGGAACUGAAAUCGCUCGAUAAAACUCGGUUACUCUCGAUACAUUGACGGAAAAAUGUUUAUAUAAUGUACAUUUAGUGUCAUAAUCGUUGAUUGAUUACAAUGAUACAUGAGACACGGUCAAAGUUCGUGAAAAAAUUGCUUGAUGCUGGAGGAAACAGAUCAAUCGGGCUGUAUAUGUCGUAAGCAAGACUCGCCACAGCGAUGCGUCGCGAGCAAGCCCGUCGCAUUGCCGUCCGAAGGACCAUCAACGAUCAUCCGCAAUUAUUCUGCACGUUAGCGCGAUCCCUUAAUUAAGUCGCUCGAAUCAGCGGCGGACCGCUGCUAAUUAACGCCAUCGCCAUCAUCCUUCUCGGGGAAAGAGCUUCACGUCAUCAACCGACGGAUUUAACGAGAAACCAUUUGGCGCACGUGACGAGCAUUUUUCUCUCUCUGUCUCUCUCUCUCCCUCCCUCAAGAAAAAAGGAUGAUACUCGUUCGAUAAAAAAGUCGUGCGACAAGGCGUCGCGGCGCCGUGACAAUGUGGAAAUAUGAGACUUUCUACGACAGCUGUCGGAUCCCGGCGUCGUCUUCGUCGUUUUUGUCGAUACCCCGCUCGCACCAAUGCAGCUUACGCCGAUCGCCGAUGUACAAGUCCGACGUCUAUUGAGGAAAAAUGGGUGCCAAUCAAUCGACCCGAAGUCAUCCCACCCCCGGAGAAGAAGUGAACUUCGAUCAUUUUCAAAUUUUACGCGCUAUCGGGAAAGGCAGCUUUGGCAAGGUCUGUAUCGUGCAAAAACGUGACACUACCGGCCAUAUGUACGCUAUGAAGUACGUACAUAAAAACGAAUGCGCAGAACGAGGUGCCCUGAAGAACGUGGCGAGGGAAGUCGAGAUCCUAUCAAAGCUGGAACAUCCUUGUCUGGUGAAUUUAUGGUUCAGCUUUCAAGAUGAGGAGGAUCUCUUCAUGGUAUCGGAUUUAUUAUUGGGCGGCGAUCUGAGAUACCAUAUCCAGCAAGAGAUUGUGUUCAGCGAGGAGAGCGUCGUACUGUUCGUGGCUGAAAUCGCGUUGGCGCUCGAUUAUCUGCAGAGUCACAUGAUUAUCCAUCGGGACAUCAAACCGGACAAUAUACUGCUGGAUGAGGAGGGUCACGCCCAUGUAACAGACUUUAACAUCGCAACUGUACUCGAAGACGGUCAAUUAGCAACCUCGAUGUCUGGAACAAAGCCGUAUAUAGCCCCGGAAAUUUACAUGUGCUCAUGCGAGGAAUACGGUGUCCUCGGCUAUGGAUUCGCUGUGGAUUGGUGGAGUCUAGGAAUCCUCGCUUGGGAGACCCUAGCCAUGGAAAGACCGUAUCCACUUCACUCCACAACGUCUAACAGAGAGGCUUUGAGAAUCUUACAGGAAGAAAGACCGACACCUUCGCACUGGAACCCCUCGACAUGCGAUCUCCUGGACCGUUUAUUAACUCUGGCCCCGAAUGCUCGAGUGUCAAGUUUAAAGGAACUGAAACAAACGAGCGCAAUGAGAGAGUUGGACUUUGACAGAGUGCUGAAUAAGCGGAUAAAACCGCUCUUCUCGACAUCUCGUUACAGAUCGUUAAGGGUCGAGUACUCAGGGGAGGAUGCUGGCGGUUUCGCCGAGGGCGCUGGAUCAAGCUUAGACACGCGGAGAUUAGCUUACAUUCCGGAAUAUCGGGUUUAUAAUCGCGAACGUGAGAUCGAGAGAUUGGAGAGAGAAAAGAAGGAGAGACAAUGGGAAGAGGAACUGAAUACUGCCAUGAAAGGUGCCGAAGAAAGACUCAAAACAAAGCAGCAACAUCUGCCGGCCCAGCGAACCGGAAACCGACUGAGCGUCUCGACGACGAACGUCAAAGCGCGCAUAAACGCCUCACCGAGGCAAGGACGCCGUGGAAGCGCUGCGACAUCCUCGGACAUCGACUUCAUCGACGCGAGUCCGGAGCCUAGCACAUCUUAAAUAACACUGAGAACUCUGUACCUACCGUAGCCUAUCAAUGACCAGUAGUCUCUAUUAAUCCUAUGAAUGCGUAUUAAAAUUUAUAAGAGACACCAAUAUUUAUCUAGUUUAAUAACUUGCUAUAAAAGUAAUUUAAUUAUUUCUUACUCUGUCAAACACACACAUAUAUCUAACGAUAAGAGAUUAAGAAUUAACAAAAUUUGUUGAGUGAUUAUUUUAUUUAAUAUACGUGGAAAGAUCCCAUUUUAUAAGUGAAAGAAAAGUUUUUAUACGGAUUGAUAUAAUGUGAUUGUAAGUCCGCUUUAUGUUAACUAAUUUCAUUCACGAAAUCCUGAAGAAAUAUAGAUAGCAACCGGAGAACCGCACGUCGUGCAAGAUCUAUCAGACUUUACCAAUGCGUAUUUAAUUAUUGUAUCAGGAAAAUGAUACAUUUAUAAAAUUAAAUAAAGGAACCUAAUGUAUUGUUUCACAGAUUUCGAUCAAUAAUGGAGCAAAGUUAUUCUUUUAACUUUAAAGUAGUGAACAAUCGAUACGUCAACUUUAGUGAGCAACAGCAAAUUCUUUAUUGCUCUGUUUUAAAAACCAAAAUUUACAAAACCUCAUUAGAAUUAAACAUCUUCGAUGAAUAAUAUAAAUUAAUCCUUUCAGUGCAGUGACGUAUACCAUGUACAUCUGUCCCUGAAGUUUCUUGAAAAAAAAAAGAUAUUUUCAUCAUGAUUUCUCUCUAAAAGUCAAUACUUUAUAAUUAUAAAUCGCGUUUUCAUUAUAUAAGGAGAAUAUGCAAAACUCUGCAGUGUUAAAUAGAAUCAUAACUAUAAAUAUUUAAAAUUACAUAAGAUGAAAAAAUUAUAGAUAAAACCAAAAAAAUUUUAACAAUUUAAAAGUGUUAAACGAGAAUUAAAAUAAAUCAUAAUUUUAUUAACAUUUCUAUCUCUAAUAUGGUACUGAAAGGGUUAAGGGACGCAUACUAUAUAUUAAUAUAAUUUUCUUUAGUUAAUGGAACUGGGAACAAUCACUAUAUAUACACACAUAUAUGUUUUAUUCAAUAAAGAUAUAUGUAGUUUAGAAGUGAGCUAUGUACGAAUCGAAAUAAAAAAUAUGAAAUAAAAAAUAUCUUUGACACA